AUGGCACCAACUUUGGAAGAAUCCACCCUUGUCUCGAGAACGGCCCCAUCCAAAGCACCCCAAGAAUCGACUGGGCUCCAGCGAGAACCUCUCAAGCUGUCCGGAGUACUUGACCAGUUCGAAUCAUUCGAUGUGACACCAGCUAUCGGCAGAGAAUAUCCUACCGUCAGUCUCAAGGAAUGGCUCAGCGCUCCCAAUUCCGAUGAGCUGCUGAGAGAUUUGGCCAUCACGAUCUCACAACGGGGCGUGGUCUUCUUCCGCAAACAGGACGACCUAGACAACGACUCUCAAAAAGAGCUCAUCCACCGAUUGGGUCUGCUGGCAGGCAAACCCGCCACGUCGGGCCUGCACAUCCACCCAGUCACCAACGCGGGCCGCGAACACGGGGGCAAAGACGAUGAAAUCAGCGUCAUCAGCUCCGAGCAGCGAAAGAAGCUGUUCAAGGGGCGGUACGCCACCAGCCAAAGUCUCAAGGGCGGCUGGCACAGUGACAUCACCUUUGAGCCCAUUCCUAGCGACUAUGCCGUGUUGCGUUUGACCAAGCUUCCAAAGACUGGGGGUGACACCCUCUGGGCCAGCGGCUACGAAGUCUUCGACCGCAUCUCCGAGCCGUACCAGCGCUUCCUCGAAUCCCUGACCGCAACAUACGCCMAGCCAGCAUUCAACCAGAGCGCCAAGGAUAAUGCAUUUGAACUCUUCGCUGGACCGCGUGGUGCCCCCGAGAAUGUUGGCAGCGAGCUCCGCGCCGAGCACCCAGUCAUCCGGACCAAUCCCGUCACCGGGUGGAAGAGCGUCUUUGCCGUCGGCGCGCAUGUCGAGAAGAUCAAUGGCCUGGCCGAGGAGGAGAGCAAGCAUUUACUCAACUGGUUUGUGUCAUUGAUUGUGGAAAAUCAUGAUCUGCAGGUGCGACACAGAUGGCGGGAUCCUAAUGAUCUUGCAAUCUGGGAUAACCGCAGUGUCUACCACACUGCUACGAACGACUACGAUGUCUUUGGAGAGGAACGAGAGGGCCACAGAGCUGUCAGUCUGGGAGAGCGACCCUAUCUUGAUCCCAGUAGCAAGAGUCGGCGGCAGGCUUUGGGGUUGAACGGAUAG